AGCAAAGGUGAAUAUCUUCGUGAAAUUGGGAAAGGAAGAUGUUUCUAAACAGGAUAAGAAGAAAUGAAUGGCUAAUUUGACCAUGUUAAGAAACUCUGCUCCACAAAAACACUUGAAAGAAAGCAAAAAGAAAUUACAAAUUGAGUUGAUAUUUACAGGAAGUGUUCAUCUAAAGUUGGGAUGAUCUGUACCUGGAGGCUUGGUAAAACAUCCUGCAAAGCCAUCUGGAUGUGGUGUUUCCUUUGUGUGAAGAUUAAGUACAGCCUAAAGUGCUUGAAUAAUUACAGAACCAUUCAUAGAACUGCUAUUUCUUGUGAUUUAGAUCUGUUUCAUCUCUCGAACAUCUUCAGAUAAGACGGUUAUAACUGAUCAGCAGAGUAAUGGAGAUAUGAAACAAAGACAGAAUUCCACAACAAUACCAAUCACACAGACUCUCAACGGCACUCUGGGCAAACAAGGACCUUUGGAAAAAGAACCUUGGAAUGCAUUCAGCCAGCAUAGCCCAGUUAAUGUCUCUAUGGAUGGAAUUCCCUGCAUUCUUUUCUGGGCCAAAAGAAUCACAAUAAAAUUUAAAAAUCAGACCUGGCUGGAUUUUACAGAUGAAGCUUUUGGCCAGAAGGCCACAGUGGACACUAGCAACUCAAAUUGCAGUGAAGAAAGUGCCACUUUAUCUCUGAAGUUUGGUGAUGCUGAAAGUCCCAAAGGUCUUGAUAUAAGAUUCACCCUUACCAAUUACAAAAAGUUGUAUAUCCGGAGCUGGUUUAGUCUACACCGAGUCGAGAUUAUUUUCAAUAAUUCGAUACAAGCAAUUUUUAAUGCCACUGACAUAUAUGCUCCAUCGAGUUAUUCCUACCACUGCCAGCGUGUCAGCAGCCUGCAGCGGUAUGAUGCCCUCUUGUUGCCCAGCUACGUGGAUGAUACGUCAAGCCUGUGGGAGGUCACUUUUGUUGAUUUCCAGAUCCAAGGCUUUACCAUCAAGGGGAGGGAGUUUGCCAAGGCCCGCGACUGUGCCUCUUCCUUUUCACCAGCCAUUCUGAUCGGCCUGGCCAUGUCGCUGAUCCUGCUGCUCGUGCUGGCCUACGCUCUGCACAUGCUCAUCUACCUGCGGUACCUGGAGCGGCACUAUGAUUUCAUCACCUCUCCGGCCCACUUCCCCCACUUGAAAGCUCGAGAUGCAGCAGAAGAGAAGGAGCUGCUGAGGAGCCAGGGAGUCGAGUGCUAUGAACUGAGAAGCCAGCAGAUCUGCAAACUUUACGUGUAACAGCACAGACCCCUCUCCCUCUCUCCCUCACGAAGUCCACAAUGGGCAAUGAAAGGAAUGAUUUCCCUUGUGUCCUCUUUAACUUGUGAUAUAAAGUUUUCACCUUAUGGCUUGAUUUAAAAAAAACAAAAAAAGGAAAUACAUGCAAAAAAUACAUUUUGGAACAUCCGCCUGCCUACUUGAGGCAAUGAAAAAGCCAUCCCAGGAGUCCCACCGACAUAAAUACGGUUAUUGCCCCAAACCUGCUUUGAAAGCAAAGAGGUAUUUUCAAAUUAGAAACAAAACAAAACCUGAGAACCAAACAAAAACAACAAAACCCAAAACCAAUGAUGCCAUUUAAAGAAGGGAAAACAUAUUUAGUCCUCCUUGCUUGUGCCAGUUUGGAUGUGAUAAGUAUAGAAAUAAAAAA